AUGACGCCGGAGCAGAACGGCAUCGACAUAUUGUGUGACGCCGCGGGCUCCGAUCUGCUAUUGUCCUCGCUCGACUAUGCGACGAACACUGCCUCGUCCACCUCUUCCGCCAGCGCCAACCACCCCCAUCCACCUCCGAUCGCCAUCCCGCCCUCAAGCACGCUUCCUCCAGGUCUCCCUGACACUCCUCUUCACGGCCACCAGCAAACAGCGGGCCCGCCCCGAGCCAAACGGCCAAAGACCGAGUCGCUUCCCUCCUCCGCCCCGGCCUCGACUUCCAACCACGUCUGUCAGAUCUGCAAACGCGUCUAUGAGCGCGCCGACCACCUCACCCGUCACCUGCGCUCCCAUGAGAAUGCCCGCCAGUACCAAUGCACUCGCUGCCCCAAGCGCUUCAAUCGCGCAGAUCUCCUCACGCGCCACGAGACAACACACGACAGGGACAGCGAUGGCAAAGGACGCGCCAUAAUCCGCCGGAGCGAUCGCGCCGCCGAAGCAUGCCUCAACUGCGCCAUGUCCAAGGCAAAGUGCGAUGACAUGAAACCAUGCACUCGCUGUCGGCUCAAGAACCUCGUCUGCGAGACCUCCAACAAGAAGACACCGCAAUAUCGGACGGCAGAUGGCACCGAUGCCGGUUCCGUCUUCACACCCUCUGAAAAUGGUACCCCCAUUGCCGCCUCGGCCUCCAUGACGCCCGUCGACGGGACCAUGCCGUCGUCUUACGGUGGCUUCAACGGCGGUUACGGCAUGCCUCCUGCCAAGCAAUCGACUUCAUAUGGUCAUCCGCAACAUCAUCCCCAACAACACCACCUACAGCAUCCGUACCCACCUGCGCAUCACCAGCCACAUCAAGACGUAGGGGCAAUCAAUCACCUCCAUCUCAUCGCAGGGCCAAUGAUGAACGCCCUCCCCGAGGAUCUCCUCUACCCAGUCCACUCCAACCCCACAAACCCCUGGUUCCAAGACAUCGACUUCACCUCAUGGGACAUCAACUUCGACGGCUUCUCCGUGCCCCAGAUCGAUUCCUACAGCCAGAGCCCGCAAUCCACGACCGACACCGCAACCACGUCUUCCAGGCCGACAGCCCACAGGAAGACCAGUCACCGCGACCCAGCUCGGCGUCACGCCGCCUUCAAGCGCUCCCCUUGGCUUUGGGAGCCCGCGGACAAGCAAGACUACGUGCGGAAAGAGACGGAAGCGGGGCUCCGAAAUCUCGACGAGGAUGCCGUAACAGCCAUCGCACAGUCCCGGCUUCCCAGCCGGCCAUCAACCUUGAUGAAAAAGAUCAAGAUCGACUCAGGCACUAGGGACCGGCUCUUCGCAAUAGUCUUGUCGCAAAUAAACGACCCUCACCGCGUGCCGUCAUUCCCGUCGUUGGAGGUGCUCAAUUUCCUGCUGCAGGCCCAUCUGGUGCAUGACGAGUACCAGUGCGAUAGCUGGAUACACUCGCCUUCGCUAAACCCGGCCGAGAUGUUGCCGGAGCUGCUGGGUGCGAUUGUGGCGAAUGGGGCCAGCUUCAUUGCGGUUCCGGCUAUUUGGCAGUUUGGGCUGUCGAUGCAGGAGAUUGUGAGGACGAGGAUAAGUAGUUUGUUCGAAUCGCAAAACUCGAAUACUCGGAAGCUGGAAUGUCUUCAAAGCUUUGCGUUGCACCUUGCUAUUGGCAUGUGGAGCGGGUUUAAGAGGAAAACGGAAUUGGCGGAGGCGUUUUUGCAGCCUCUGUUGAUUAUGAUGCGUCGUGCCGGCGUCUACACCGCUGCCGUCUAUACACAGGCAGACCUACCAUCGGUUCUUCCUCAAGCUUCGGAUACGCCUGAAGUGUUGGAGAGAAAAUGGCGGACGUUCAUCAAUAGAGAGUCUUACAAGAGACUUGCCCUACAUAUGUUCCUUCAUGAUGUGCAAACUUCUGUCACCCUUCAGACCACACCCCUUCUCUCCUUCACCGAACUCUGCUUUAGCCUCCCCUCCUCACGCGACCUCUGGAAAGCGCCCUCCGCCAAGGCCUGGCGUGACCUGCACUUAAUGAAACGUGCACCACCUCCCGACCGGCCCAUGCCACGUCUCAAUGAAAUCAUGCACUGUCCCGGCCUGCUCGACGACUUUGUCGACUUUGUUGACAUUGAGCUCGUCAAUACCGCCGUUCUCCACUCCUUCUGGGGCCAGAUCUCCGCUUACCGCUACGGAAUGAGGCUCUACCAAGAGCCUUCCACAGUCGCAAGCAUGUCAGGCAACUACGGACAUUACUCCCAGCGCAACUUCUCGAACCACCGUGAAGGACUCAAGGCCAUGCAUCGGGAACUUUACAGCGACGCGCAGGACUUUGCCGCCAGCGUCGUUUACGUGCACAAGAGCCAGCUGUACACCCCGGUUUCCCAUCGACGAUAUCCAAUUCCGUUUCCGGCGCCGGAAGGAUCACAUGCUACUUCUCCUGCCCCUAACGUCUCCUCACCAGUGUCAAUCGCAAACUCAAAUAUGCCGAUAACCUUUGAGAUGUUCAUGGUGGCUUUACAUGUUGAUCUCAACCAGCUCCAGUCCUAUGCGGGGAAAGCAGGUGAGGAAGAAACCAGGAGGGCAUCGGCGUAUUUUCUCCAUCAGGACCCUUAUUCAGGCACUGGGGUUGAAGGAAAUGGACGAGGAGGAACAAUCGGAGGAGGGUGGGUGAGAAGCACAGAUGCGAGGUAUGCCGUCUGGCAUGCGGGACAGGUGUUCAGAGCGGCGAGGGCACUACCUCCGACGGGGCUGAGGGGAUUUAAUGCCAUGGCUGUGUAUUUUGCUAGUUUGACGUUGUGGGUUUAUGGGUUGCUGGGUGGUCCCAAUCCGGGAUCGCCGAGCUUACCGUCGCUGUUUUGGGGUAGUGGAGAGCAUGAGAUGGGUCGUGGCGGUCCUGGGGUUAGCGGAGGCUUUGGGAUGGGUCAUCAUGGGCAGCAGCCGUUCAACGGCGGUGGAAUGGAGGAUCCGAGGAGGUCAUCCGUCACGGUUCCGCUGCCGUCCGGUCAUGGAUAUCAGAUGCAGACGCCCCAUCAACAACAACAGCAACACCCACCUUCGCAAACACUACCUUCACAACAACCCGCGCCACUGCCUCAUCAGUACCAGCAACCACCGGACGUUCCCUUCGCGAUUCUCGACGGUGAAGAGACGCGCGAGAUACGUACUUUCCUACAAACAGGCCGUGGAAUUCCAGCACUCACCAUUUCGCAACAACCACCGCAUCCCUCUGGUCCCUCCAACACCAUGAGCAUCCUUAACCCGGUAGUGGAAUCCCUCCUCGCAAACCCAUCCCUCCCCCUCCAAACAGCCUGCUCCAUCUUCCGCGAAAACUUCCCCUCGCUCUCGCACAGCGAAAGUGAGCCGCUGCCGCCACUAGUCGAGAGUCUGGGGACUUUACUGAAGGAUCUUGGCAGGGGAAGUACGCAUGGAGGGAGUCGGGCGGGGAGCAGUGCUGGUGAUGACGAAGAAGAAUUAGAACGAGAUGAUGAUGAUGACGAAGAACAGGAUGGAGACAGAGAUGAGGGACGGGGUGGAACGGCGAGUAGGGAAAGGAGAGAGGAUGGGGAAGGGGAACGACGUAGAUGGGAGAACAAGACGACUGGAGUUGGGGCUGGGAUGAAGGAAGAAGAUAGGAGGAAAGAAAGGGGCAACUAA